ACGGGGAGAACGUAUUUACCGGGCAAUCAAAGAUCUAUUCCUACAUGAGCCCCAACAAAUGCUCUGGAAUGCGUUCCCCCCUUCAGGAAGAGAACUCAGUUGCACAUCACGAAGUCAAAUGCCAGGGGAAGCCAUUAGCCGGACUCUACAGGAAACGAGAAGAGAAGAGAAACAGUGGGAACGCGGUACGGAGCACCAUGAAGUCCGAGGAACAGAAGCUCAAAGACGCCAGGAGAGGUCCCCUGGCACCUUUUCCAAACCAAAAAUCUGAAGCAGCAGAACCUCCAAAAACUCCGACCUCGUCUUGUGAUCCUGCCAUUGCCGCCGUGGCCAAGCCAGCCCUGAAAAAGCCCGUCAAGGGCAAACAGGCCCCUCGGAAAAAAGCUCAAGGGAAGACGCAGCAGAACCGCAAACUUACGGAUUUCUACCCGGUGCGCAGGAGCUCCCGGAAGAGCAAAGCUGAGCUGCAGUCUGAAGAAAGGAAAAGAAUAGACGAGUUGAUUGAAAGUGGGAAGGAAGAAGGAAUGAAGAUUGACCUCAUCGACGGCAAGGGCAGGGGUGUGAUCGCCACCAAGCAGUUCUCCCGGGGCGAGUUUGUGGUCGAGUACCACGGGGACCUCAUCGAGAUCACUGACGCCAAGAAGCGGGAGGCUCUGUAUGCACAGGACCCCUCGACGGGCUGCUACAUGUACUAUUUUCAGUAUCUGAGCAAAACCUACUGUGUGGAUGCGACUAGAGAGACAAAUCGCCUGGGACGACUGAUCAAUCACAGUAAAUGUGGAAACUGCCAAACCAAACUGCACGACAUCGACGGCGUGCCUCACCUCAUCCUCAUCGCCUCCCGCGACAUCAAGGCGGGGGAGGAGCUCCUGUACGACUACGGGGACCGCAGCCGCGCCUCCAUCGAAGCGCACCCCUGGCUGAAGCAUUAACCUCCCCGCCCUCCCCGCCCCUCCCUCCUUCCACGGACAAAGUGCCCCCAAAGGGAAUUGAGUUUUUGGUUUUUUUUUUUUUUACACACUUAAUCUUAGCAGAUUACUUCAGAUGUUUUUAAAAAGUAUAUUAAGAUGCCUUUUCACUGUAGUAUUUAAAUAUCUGUUGCAGGUUUCCAAGGUGGACUGGAACAGAUGGCCUUAUAUUACCAAAACUUUUAUAUUCUAGUUGUUUUGUACCUUUUUUGCAUACAAGUCACACGUUCGUGCUUCCCGUGCAUGCAGUCGAGGACGCAGCACAGGUUUUAGAGGAAAGAGUGAACAUGAACUAGGAGGCCGGGUGACGCCCGCCUCCCGCCGAAGAGCCAGGACUCUCCUCCCACGCCCCCGCCGGCGACUCCCGAGGCCCGGCCGGGGUGUUCCCAAGCUCUUGUUUUCCUGACGUCUGGACAGGCGCACAUGGAAGUGUAUGAAUAUUUUUUAAAAAGGUUUCGCAGUAAGCUAGUCUUCCCCUCUGCUUUCUUGAAAGCUUACUGACCCAGUGGCCCCCGGGCGCAGGCCGAGCCUAGGUUUACUCUUCCACGGGCUGCCGCUUUUCUGGGCACCUCGAAGCAUCAGGGCGGGUAAUCAGAGUAGAUGUGGGCAGGGAAAAGCAUUGCUUGCUCGCCCUGCCGGGGCAGGGUUUCCCAGAACUGGGUUAAUUCUUUAUAGAAAUGUGAACACUGAAUUUAUUUUAAAAAAAAAUGAUAAAAAUUUAAAAAUUUUAAAAAGACAAAAAAAAAAAGAAAAAACCACAGAAAACAACUUACAUGUAUAUAGGUCUUGAAGUGAGUGAAGUGGCUGCGUUUUUUCUUAUUUUUUCUUUUUUUUUUUCUUUUUGUUUUGGUUUGGUUUGGUUUUUGUUUUUGUAGAAGAGAUUUGAGAUGGUACUCUAUUCUAAUCAAAAAUAAAAGUUUUGUAGCGGGACCAGAAAUUACUUA